AUGGUUGGACCAAAUUGUGGAGUAGUUCUUUCUAAGGAACCAUCUAGUGGAACCAUUUCAUAUCUUUUGCAAAUCAAAUCACAUAUCGAUAAUCAAUAUUGCUUGUUAAAGUCAAUCGCUUCGAUCUAUAGCUAUCGUCUACCAGAUCGGAAUCUAUUUACAGGUGAUCAGCUAGAUGAACAUGAUCACAAAGUUGAAUCUCAUGACAAUGGCAACAUCGAUAGUAAUAGUUGUAGUAGUGAAAAAGAUCAAUUCAAUAGAUGGAUAUUCAUUAAUUUAAAGUCAUUGAAAGUCGAUUUGGUGAAUAGACUCGAUCCACUCACCAUUAGGAAAUCUAUUCGAUACCUUCAGAAUCAACUGAACAGCAGUUCAGUCACCGAUGAGUGUCAGCUAGAGAGUCUUAGUAUCGGUAUGUUUGAUUCCAAUCAAUGGAAUACAUUUAUAGAUGCCGAGCUUUUCAGUAUCAGUCUGAGGUUCCUACUGAAAGGAAUGCCUCGCAACUUGACACGAGGUCUGACGCGACUCGAGGUGUACGGAUCCAACUUUGUCAAUGCACAAACCAAAUCGCUACCGAAAUUCAUUGCCAACCAUCACAAUCUUCAAACACUCGAAAUUCAUUUCAAUAUGUUUGUGGAAUUUCAUAAUCAACUGAUACAGUCAAUACCGAAUUCACUUCGCUCUCUCACCAUUGUCGCGCGACCCAUUCAAGUCAACAGACUUGAAAAUCAAAAGUUACAAUUGGAGUCACUGAGGAGACUGAAAAACCUCGAAUAUAUCAACUGCAAUGGAUACGAUUCUUCUUUGGUCGCUGACUUUCUCUUUGACAUGCCAACAAUCAGAGUUUGGAAACGUCCCAUUUAUAUUCAACAGAAUGUAAUGGAUAAAUUGAAUGCAACGACAUCAAACACUACAGAUUCAACAUCAAGUCAAACAAGUAUGUUGUCAGAACUCAAUCUAUCGAUUGACAAUACGGCACUUUUAAAUUUAAAACCUCUGGUACUUAUGAUACCGAAACAAGUUAACAUUCUCACCUUGAAUAUCAACUAUUAUGCCGAUGUAUUGAAUCCUAUUGUCUCGAGUGGUCAGUUCGAUCUGCUGACAAUACUCAAGGUAUUUGGCGAUAGCAGUCAAUCUAGGUUCCUACAGUUUAUAAACCAUCCAAAUUUAAUCAAUCUCAAAGAUUUCAGAUGUUAUCUUGGUAAUCAAACAGAUUCAAUAGAAUCAAUUACAAAUAUAUUGAAAUCAAUUUAA